GGAGAUUAUGGGUUGUAGUCUGUGAAGGGGAUAUGGCAGUGGGCAAGGUGCUGGUUGAUGGAGGUGGUUCUGUGUUUGAAGACAGAAAAGGAAGGUCGUUAAUGCUGGAAAGGGAAGGUGAUAGUUGUUAGUUAUAUUCGAAGAACAGACUUGGAAUGAUGUCGUAUUAUAUAGAAUUAGUUAGUUGUUUCUUUAGUAGAACGUUGUCGUUUAGUACUUUUCCUUAUUACUUGUAACACAGUCGUUUCUUACUUACUAAAAGUGUAAGGGAUGUUAUUAAACAUUGUCGUUUCAUAUGAAUACUCAGUAUAAAUAAAGAUGGUUGGAGGGAAAAGCUCUCAACCCAAAGUACAUUUAGUAACAGAAUUCUUCCUCUUCUCUCAACUAUCAUUUUCUCUUCUUCUCGUAUCUUUGGAGAGUGACUCUCUCGAAGUAGUCAGUUUGGGUCCAUUACAGUUAGUAUCGGCCAUGGCAGAAGGAACGCGUUCAUAUGCUCAAAUAGUUGAUUCAAUGAAUCACUUGUGGCAGCAACAGGAACGACAACAAAAACAAAUUGAAGAUGCGAUUUGUUUAUUGUUGACACAGCAAGAGGUUGCACGAUUGGAAAGAGAAGCACAAGAUAAAAAGUUUCAGGAGGUUUUACAACAAAUCUCAAAGAUUUCUUGUCAAGAUUCUGAGGAUCCUAGUAAUAUACAUCGAGAUAAUCAAAAUCAACAAACGUUGCACAGAAAUGAAGAUAUGGAGGAUGACACAGGGGAAAUUUGCCACAGUGAACUUGUGGACAGAGGUUUUGUAAGAGGAAUUCAACUAGAUUUUCCUAGGUUUCGUCGUGGUAAUCCAUCACCAUGGAUUUAUCGUACAAAUUAGUACUUUUUGUAUCACCAGGUCCCUCCUGGCCAACGUAUUUUCAUUGCUUCUUUCCACAUCGAUGAUGAAGCUCUGGUCUGGUUCCAAGAUGCCAAUGAGGCAAGAACCUUUCUUUCUUGGGAGGACUUCAUCAAAUCUGAUCAGAUCCGCUUUGGAUCUACUCCAUACGAUGAUCCUAUGGAGUCACUUACUAGACUCGAGCAGGUUAGUACAGUUAAUGACUACAAAGCUGAAUUUGAGAUUCUUUCCAAUCGUAUUAAAGGCUUGUCAGAGAAAAACAAGUUGAGCUGUUUUUUGAGUGGCUUACGUGAUGAGAUUAGAUUACCUGUGAGGAUGCUGACUCCUUCAUCUUUGAAUGAUGCUUUUGGCUUAGACAAAAUUCAAGAACAAUAUGUGGUGAGUAUAAGGAAACCUUGGAGAAAUUCACUUACUGAUUCGAGUAAGUUUAGUCCAGAGUCGAGUCUGUUAAAGCCUAGACAAACUCCUUCAAUUUUAGGAGCACCGAGAGUUUCACCUUUAGCUAGGCUUCCUUAUCAUAAGGUUUCUGAGUCUCAAAUGGUGGAAAGGCGUAAAAAAGGCCUUUGUUAUUUCUGUGAUGCUAAAUGGCAACCAGGUCAUAAAUGUGCAAGGCCAAAACUAUUCUUAUUAGAAGGAAUGGAAUUUGGUGAGUCAAGUGGUGAAGAGAAUAUUGAUGUUACUCGUGAGGUGGUUGUUGAACUUGUGGAAGUUGAAGCUAAGAUGGCUUCUAUUUCAUUACAGUCUAUGUUAGGUGGAGGAGGACCUAAGACCAUGAGACUUAUUGCUUAUAUUGGCAUAAAGAAGUUGGUAAUUUUAAUUGACACUAGCAGUAAACAUAAUUUUGUGGACAUUGUAGUUGUUGCUCGAUGUAAGUUACAUGUGCAACUUGGCUAGGCUAUUAGUGUUAAGGUGGCUAAUGGUCAGCUCGUUGAUGGUACUGGGAAAUGUAUGGCUGUGCCUUUGUCAAUUCAAGGCAUACCAUUCACAGUUGAUUUUUUUACUCUUCCUUUUGAAGCAUGUGAUGUAGUUCUUGGCAUACAAUGGUUAUCCGCAUUGAGUCCUAUUCUCUGGGACUUUGUCAAUAUGAGUAUGCAGUUUCAGUGUGAUGGUCAGAAAGUUUCCUUAAAAGGUUUGACAAUAUCUCAGUCAAAUCUUAUUGAUGAUGAUGAGUCUUUUGAGACUUUUGGUUGUGGUAGCAAGGGAAUUUUUCUGCAGAUAGUUGCUUGUAGCUCCAUUGAACCUUCAUCAUUACAGGAUGAACAAGUGCAUCAGCUUUUACAGCAGUAUAAGGAAGUUUUUAAUGAACCUACUAGAUUGCCACCCAAUAGGUCUCAUGAUCACAAGAUUAAUUUGAAACAGGAAACUUCUGCUAUUAGUGUUAGGCCCUAUAGAUAUAUCCAUUUUAUCAGAAACAGAAAUUGAAAAAAUUGUUAAGGAGCUCUUAAAUUCUGGAGUUAUUAGGCCAAGUCAGUCACCUUUCUCCUCUCCUGUUUUGCUAGUCAGGAAGUCUGAUGGCAUAUGAAGAAUGUGCAUUGAUUAUAGGGCCUUAAAUGAAGCCACUAUUAAAGACAAAUACCCCAUUCCUGUUGUGGAUGAGCUCUUGGAUGAACUUUCAGGUUCUACAAUUUUCUAAAUUGGAUCUUAGGGCAGGUUAUCAUCAGAUACGCAUGAGGGAUGAGGAUGUCCAUAAGAUUGCAUUUAGAACUCAUGAGGGGCAUUAUGAAUUUCUUGUAAUGCCUUUUGGCCUCACUAAUGCCCCUUCAACAUUUCAAGGCCUCAUGAAUGAAGUUUUCAGGCCAUUCCUUAGACAGUUUGUCAUUGUUUUCUUUGAUAACAUACUAGUUUACAGCAGAGACAUAUCAUCUCAUUUAGAUCAUCUCUCUACUGUUUUGCAAACUUUACAGCAUAACUUUAUGCUAAACAGUCGAAGUGUAAGUUUGCAUGCCAAGAAAUAGAAUAUUUGGGCCAUUUGAUUUCAAAGGAAGGAGUGAGGGCAGCCCCUAAAAAGUUGGAGUCUAUGGUUACUUGGCCAAUACCUAAAAACCUAAAGUCAUCAAGGGGUUUUUUAGGCUUGAUAGGUUACUAUAGAAAAUUCAUUAGGGGCUAUGGUCAGAUUGCUGCCCCUUUGACAAAUUCUGCUAAAAAGAUGCUUUUGCUUGGACAGAUUCUGCUACUAAGUCUUUUAAUGACUUGAAAGUUGCUGUCACUAGCCCUCCUAUUCUUGCAUUGGCUAACUUCACCAAAGCAUUUGUCAUUGAAUAAGAUGCUUGUGCAACUGGUAUAGGAGCAGUUUUGA